AUGGGGGUUGGCGAUUAUGUCCACGCCAAAGAAGGUGGGCAAGCUCGUGGAGCGCCCGAUAAGGCUGCUCAGUCUCGCCAGCAACGUGCAGAACAGGCCAGAGUUGAGGUACCAGUCACACAGCUAGUCGACCCAGGCCCCCCAUUUUCCAAUGGUAGAAAUGGCUCGCUAGAACUCCAUGGCACAUCUCAAGCUCCAAAUCAGCCCCGCACUCUUUCUGCACAAGGAUUGCAACGGGAUAGGGAUGUCUUUGACACUGAUGUGGAGGCAAUUGAUGAUUCAACCGUGGCGGGAAAUAGUGUUUACGGAUAUGAUGACAAUAAAUCUCAGGCAGCGUCAAGUACCAAUGCUGCUUACACCACCAGCCUUGACCCGCAGCCGAUGUACCAGCCACGGCCUGCGCGGCACGCUUACGGGUCGAAUUGGUACGAAGGCCUAGGCGACCAAGCCAUGAAAAAGGCCGGUUUCGAUUCGGAUGAUUUUGAUGACUUUGGAAGCCGAAUUACUUCGUCUCUCGGUGGAGAUGGGGGGGAUGGUGAAAAGGCCGACGAAGCAGGCGAUUGGCAAAUGUCGCACAAACCGCGCAUGAGCGAAGAGCCGUUGAGCAAGCGACUAGAGAACUUCUGGUCGGCUAGCAGAAAAAGAACAUCUUCCCGUCAGCCUGCUACUAAGGACUCUGACCCCGAGCGCCAGCCCCAGGCUCAACCUAAGUCUAAGCCGCGGAAAUUGGGUCAAAUGCUUCCCCCCACGGGCCCUAGGAAAAUAGUUCUCCCUCAUGGCACAUCGGCCACUCCUAGGUCACGUUUUAGUCCACCAAAGCCUUCACUUCUCGAGCAACUUGACCAACAACUUGAUUCAUCGCCUACUCGCCAUCACUCGCAGCCCCCACCAGAUGCAGGUCAAACAAUCAGCAUUGCAGCAUUCCAGGAACAAGACCAUAGCGACGACGGAAGCGAUGAUGGUAUGGAUCAUACCAUCCGCGCUGAUAGCAGACGGGAAAGCGGCGGGCAUUCCAUCAAUGCCUUCGAUAUGACUAGUCUGACCGACCUAGACGUCGACGAAACUAUGCAUGAUCCGUUCUUUGCUCGCGAGUCGCACGACUCGCAUGUGUCGCAUGUGUCGCAUGUGUCGCAUGUGUCGAACGAGCCUACCAGCCGUAAAGCGAUCACUAGAAGCAGACUACCCCCGGAACUACUUUACCAGAAAUCCUUCUCCGAGCUGCAAGCUGAGCCUUUUGACAAGUCCCCCACUCCUCCUCCACCCAUCAAAUCACCUUCCUUACCUCCAAACCCACCUUUUGUCCCGGACACCCAUGAGCCUAAGAAUGCCGUCUCUCACCUGCUGUCCUUGACAGGGGAAGAACGCCAAACCUACUUGUCGCACAUGACCAUGGAUGAAUGGGAGGAUUGCGGAGACCAAAUGAUCGACCGAUUUUCCGAUCUGCUAUCAGAAAUGAAGAAUCUCCGGCGUGCCCGUCGUCGCACAGCCGCGGUGUUUGAAGGGGAAGUCAAGCGCCGCCAUGAUGAAGUUGAAACACAGAACUCGGAUCUAACGAACAAAUUGACCCAGAUGAGAACCGGGGGCGCAGAGGUUUUGCGCGGACGCCAUCAAUGA